AGUUUCAGCUGAUCACUGCGCAGAAGUCGCCUUUCCUGUAAAGCAGCAUCACUCAAUACUGCUGUGCUUAUACUUCUCCAGUGAACCUCCAGUGAACCUCCAGUGAGGAGUAUGGACUCUGUGGAUGAAGAUGUGGAGGAAAAGGUGGAGAAGAUGCUGAACGGAGAAGGGCUGGAGGUUCUAGACUUUGACUCCACGCGUGAUCAUGUGCAGGCUGUAACCCUGAGAAAAAACGUGUGCUACAUAGUGAGCGCUGUCAUCUUCAACACUGAAGGCAAGGUGCUGAUGGUGCAGGAAGCGAAGAGGGAGUGUUACGGUCGCUGGUAUCUCCCCGCAGGUCGCAUGGAGGCGGGCGAGAGCAUCCACGAAGCUCUGCGCAGGGAGGUAAAAGAGGAGGCGGGCUUUGAGUGUGAGCCAAUCACCAUGCUGCUGGUGCAGGAACGGGGCAGGAAGUGGAUCCGCUUCGCCUUCCUCGCCGAGGUCACAGGGGGCAGCCUGAAGACGCCGUCCGAGGCCGACUCGGAGUCGGUGCAGGCUCAGUGGUGGGAUCGAGAGGCUCCUCUUCCUCUGCGCAGCUGGGACAUUGCGUGUCUUAUCGACGCUGGGCUGAGAUAUCGUCAGAAGCCUUGGUUCCCCGUUUGUCACCCUGUGAACUUGCCUUGCUCUGUGGUGUGUCAGAGACUGCUCCUCGUCUUCAGCUGCAAGGAGCGAAUGUGGCUGCUUCUCGCUAAACACACAGCCAAUCCUGAGACGCACACUCGCCUUCCUGUGGCCGUCUCACAGGAAGGGCAUUCGGUCACAUGGGCGGGGAGCAGACUCGUCCAGGAGUGCAUGCGGGCGAUGAGUCACGUGCUGCACGUCAACACGCAUGGGAUUCUGGGAGUGCAGCACGACGGCAGAGUCCUGGGCCAAUCAGACGGGAUCUGUUUCAAUACACUCGUGACUCUGGAGCAUUCAGAAGAGGGGGCGGAGCUUAGCAGCCCACCGCUUUUGGACAGCGAGAGGUACACGUGGCGCGAAGUGACCAAUCAGAGCCUGAAAGGCAAGAUACUGAGGAGGAUAAAGGACAGAUCACUCCUGCCCAUGCACGUUCUCUAAUGAUUGGCUUUGACUAAUUAACUACAACAGAUUUAAGCUAAUGAUCGGUUUGCACUGCUUUCUGACACACUGCAGGGCGUCUCUACAGUGAUCUGCGUGCUUCAGCUGUUGCGGUGCGACAGUGUGCGAAAUGUGCCAUUACUUUCUCACAUCUAUGCUUUUGGAUCCAAAGCACUGUGUGAUGCAGGAUUAUCUCAUCUACUUCCUACUAACUAUUUAUUAACGCUUAAAGACAGGGUUCUGUAUCUGUAGUUGUGACACAGAGUUCAAAAGUUUGCAUAGAGGUGUAGAGAGCCAAUCAGAGUGCAGCAUUUAAGAUCCUGAACAUCGCAGCCAGAAAAGCGUACAAAAUACAUCACACUCCGAGCCCUGUGGGCGGAGGAUCUGAGGCUGAGAUAAGUUCUCCUCAAGACGUCUUUUUAUUUAGAGAAUGUUUUCACUUUAAGUAUACCAAAUUAUAUACAUCUUAAUACCUUUACUGUCUGAUGGUUUAUGUUUUAAAUGUGAAUUAGAAAAUCCCAGGAGUUUCUGAAAUACUUAAACCAGCCUGUCUGGCAGCAACAAACCUCACCACAGUCAAAGUCACUGACAUGAUCACAUUUUCCCCCUGUUUCUGAUGUUUGAUGUGACCUGAAGCUCUUGACCUGUAUGAUUUUAUGAACUGCACCCGCUGCUACAUGAUUGGCUGAUUAGAAAAUUUCAUGAAUGAGCCAGGUAUACAAGUGUUCCUAAUAAAGUGGACUGUGAGUAUAAUGAGAAUAUUCGUAAACGUUUAUUGACGAAAUGGAAGAGCUGCCCAGAGACGUCUAUUUUUUUUCUCAUUACGGAGAAAAAAACAUUUCUAUUCAACGGUAAUCAUGCAUACUACAGAUGCUUUGGAGUUUGCCUUUAAGCGCUAUGACGCAUGGUGAGAAAAAUGUAUCAAGUAUGAGGCAUGAUAGACACUUCUGUUUUGUAAUAAAUCAGUUUACUGAUACAGCAA